AUGGAGGCCAGGACUUCGCUUGAAGAAUCCAGAGUGGUUUUCCUGAAGUACAGAACUUUGCUGGCACAAACGUCACAGCCAAUGGGCUACUGCCUCUCCAACCCCGUGCCACACUGCGGCUGUCGAUACCCAGCUCCAAUCGGGCUUCAACCCCUGUCCAAUGGGCUUCAACCCCUGUCCAAUGGGCUUCAACCCCUGUCCAAUCAAAGAGGCCCCAGAACCCAAGGAUUAAAGGUCCAGCCUACUACUCGCAAGCCCCCACCGUGCUGUGAGAUUCUUCCUCCAGUAACAGGGAGGCCAGACCCGUGCUCCUCCAGCCCCUGUCUGAACGGAGGAACAUGUUUCCACUACAUCGGGAAGUACAAGUGUGAAUGUUCCGGAACCUUCAGCGGGAGACACUGUGACAUCAGCAGGGGAUCAGCACACGCCACAGCAGACCUGGACUGUGGUCCCCCUCUGCAGGUGAAGCAUGCAGAGCUCCAGUUCUCCUCUACGUCGCCAGGCUCCAUGGCUCUGUACGUCUGCCACCCAGGAUACACCCCCAUGCCCAGGGCCACCCAGAGCAUCUGUGGGGGGCAGGGCGCCUGGAGCCAACCCCCUGUCUGCCAGGAACAGGACAGGUGUGAGUCCAGCCCCUGUUUGAAUGGCGGUGUGUGUCGGGGAUCCAGGAACAACUACCUGUGUGUGUGUAAAGAAGGAUUCUUGGGGGACCACUGCCAGUCAUUGGAGAAUCCCUGUGUACUGCAGCCGUGUGGGAACAGAGGCCUCUGCCAUAGCGACAGAAAAGGGAACUACAGCUGUGCUUGCAAAGUGGGUCACACAGGCAAGGACUGUGAGAGAGACCUGUUGCCUCCCUCUGGUCUGCAUGUACUACGGGUGGAGGAGGAUGAGGUGGUGCUGCGCUGGGACCUGCCAGACCCCUCCUCUCAGAGCCUGGUCAGUGGGUUCGCUGUGACCUACGCUCCUCUGGAUCUCCUGGGCCGAGGCCAUGGAACCAGGAAGACUGACUUCCUGGACAAGAAGCAGUCUACCUAUCAGCUGCAGGGCCUGGUGCCUGGCCUGCUAUACAACAUCUCUACCUUCUCAGUGAAACGAAACACCAACGGCAACGAUAUCAGCCAGCCAGCCAUCGCUCUCAUACGCACCAGGCCACGGCGGGUGGAUCAGCUGCAGGUAGUCAACGUAUCGUCCUCCCAGGUAUGGCUGAGGUGGCUGGUUCAGGCUGCUCGUCAUGCUACUGUCAGCCAGGUGCGCCUUUCCCUGGUCUCCUGGGACGGUAGAGGAGUUGGCACCGCUCUGCUCAACACCAGCACAAUGGAAUAUGCCUUCAGCUCUCUGCUCCCUGGUCAGAUGUACACGGUGGAUGUUCUAACUCAGAGUGGGAUCGGACCAGACGAGUCACCGUCCACCAGUCACUCUGCUGGACCGCUGCAAGUCUGGACCACUUCGGGCCAUCAUUUGUUCUCUUCCAGAUACACAGAACUGAUUGAUGGAAGGGGGAGGAUAACGGCUAAGUUCACCAGCCUGCCCAGAAAGGUCAUCAGACACCACACUAAGCCUGAGCCUCCUAUUCAGUUACAGAGGAUGGAGGAGACAACUAAUCAAAUGGGCCUUGCACUAGAGAGGAAGGAGGAAGAGGAAGGGCCUGAGUCGUCCCGGGACUGCCAGAGCCUGCCCUGCCUGAACGGGGGUACGUGUGAGAAGGGGAGCGACUCAUACAUCUGCAAUUGCGCAGCUGGGUUCAAGGGCAGGCAGUGUGAGCUGUUCUGCCAACGAUUGCCCCACCCGUGUACCCGCCUCUACUCUGAAACAAAGAGCAUGCCCGUCUGGGUGGGUGAAGUCUGCCAUUACCUGUAUAAAAGGACGUAUAAAGUCCAGCAGGAUGUUUGCUAUCGAAGAUCUGUGAACCACCGUUGCUGCCCAAGAAAAGUCCCAGGGUUACAACCGUGUGAAUAAGAGGAUAUUACUGUACUGAAGAAGUCAUUCAAAUAUAAUAACAAUCGUCUUGUUUUCUCUGUUUCAACAGACAGAAGAACCAACAGCCAAUGAUAAGUUUGGUUUUCUAUGAUACAUAUCAAAUGUCAUUUGUCACAUGCGCCCCAUACAACACCUUACAGUGAAAUGCUGAUGACUUACAAGCUUUUCCUCAAUGAUGCGGAGUUAAAAUAACAAAAUAAAAACAUUAGAAAUAAAAACACAUUUAGAUGACCCAUGUUGUUGGAUGACCGUGUGCCCAGAGAUUGGCCUGUAGGAUGACCCAUGUUGCCCAGACAUUGGCCU